AUGGAGGACAGCCCCCUUGUCUUCCAGCGCACGCCCCAGUCACCAGCCGGCCUCAGGUUUGAGAGCUGGAUGUCAAGCACCGGCAAGUACCAGGGCCGCGCCGCCCCCAGGACGCCCCCCACGGUGUUGAUGGCCAGCGCUGCGCGGAGCAACCCGGGCAGCGCCCCUGACUCGUGCGGGCCCGAGGGCUCUCCUGCCUCCAGUGCGAGGCUGAUGAGGCAGUGGCUGGGCGCGACGGACAGCGCCGGCAGGCCGCCGCCGCGCUCAGGCCGCCGCGACCAGAGCCCUGCUGAGGACGCCGCUGACGGCCGACCUAGGGCCGGACGCGGCGCCGGCGGGGACGUGGGAGGCGCGACGCCUAUGAGCAUCCUCGGGCGCGACCGGCCGCUCGAGUCGCCGCCGCUGGCAGGGUUGGGCAGCAGCGACGCAGACGCCGCCGGCGACGCGACGCCCGCAGGUGACGCACACGCGCCCGCACGCUCGUCGCCGCGCGGGUCGCCCGGCUUCGGCUCCCCGCCGGGCGGCCGGCCGGCAGCCCAGCGACUGCUUCCAAAGCAUGGCGCCGCGGCGGCGGCUGUGCCGCCGAGCCCCCUGUCCAAGGUACUAGACAUGAUGAUGGAGCCGCCCUCCCCCGGCUUGGUGCUGCAACCUGCAGCUGCGGCAAGCAGCGGCGGUGAGGCACCCCGCACGCCGACGGCGGCGCCUGCCGCGACGCCUGCGCGCAUGUCGUCCGUGCGGCGCGGCGUCCGUGCGACGCAGGAGCCGCCCACGCCGGAGGAGCGCGUUAUUCAGCUGAUGCUGCGCGGAGAGGCCGGGGAGGGGGCCGACGGCGCCUGGGACGGCAGGGACCGCCGCGCCUACGGUGGAGGCGAGGUGCGCGGCUGCGGCGACGGCGGCAGCGACGACGACGCCGACAACGGCGACGAUGGGGGCAGCAGCUCCGGGGCCGGCAGCAGCAGCGACAGCGGCGAUGAGAUCGCGGUGGAAGAUCUUGAGGCGCUCUGCGCAGCGGCGGCGGCACAGGGCGCCGGUGGUUCUGUGCCGGAUAUGAGCCCCAUCGCCGAGAUCAUAGGGCUCGUGCUGGCAACGCCGGCUGGCAGGGGCGCGCUGACAGCCUCCGCCGCGCGCAAGGCGGCCGGGGCGCCCGGCGCGCGGGCGGAGGAGGAGGACAGCGGGGCGGGGCCGCGCGUGCUGUUCACAGAUGAUUGA